AAACGACAGCAAGGUAACGCCUCCCAUCGUAGCAAACAUGGGUAUCAAGAGUCUGUACCAAGUGAUACGCGAAAACUGCCCAGAUGCCGUUAAAGAAGGCGAGAUCAAGACUCAAUUCGGCCGCAAAGUUGCCAUCGAUGCCUCCAUGUCGCUUUACUCGUUCCUCAUCGCCGUCCGAUCUGGUGGAGAACAGCUGAUGUCGGACACGGGCGAGACCACAUCCCAUCUCAUGGGCAUGUUCUACCGCACGCUCCGCAUUGUGGAUAACGGGAUCAAGCCGCUAUAUGUCUUCGAUGGAGCGCCGCCCAAGCUGAAGAGCGGAGAGCUGGCGAAGCGGUUUCAGAGAAAGAGCGAAGCCCAGGAACAACAUGAGGAAGCCAAGGAAACUGGCACUGCAGAAGAGGUCGAGCGAUUUUCGAGGAGAACGGUGCGAGUGACCAAGGAGCACAAUGCCGAAGCGCAGAGACUGUUGAAAUUGAUGGGAGUUCCAUAUAUUGUGGCGCCGACAGAGGCAGAAGCCCAAUGCGCUGUGCUCGCCCGAGCGGGAAAAGUCUACGCCGCAGCCUCCGAGGACAUGGACACGUUGACGUUCAACGCUCCCGUCUUGCUGCGACAUUUGACAUUUUCGGAACAGCGCAAAGAGCCCAUCCAGGAAAUCCACCUCGAUCGUGUGCUGGAAGGAUUAGAUUUUGAUCUCAAUCAAUUCAUCGACAUGUGCAUUCUGCUGGGCUGCGACUAUCUCGACCCAGUGAAAGGGAUCGGCCCCAAAAAUGCUCACGCACUGAUCAAAGAGCACAAGACACUCGAGAAAGUCGUCGAACACAUCGAAAAGACGGGCAAGUACACCCUCCCCGAAGACUGGCCAUAUCAGGAAGCUCGACUCCUCUUCCAAGAGCCCGACGUGCGCGCAGCAGACGCACCCGAAUGUGAUUUCAAAUGGGAAGCUCCCGACGUAGAAGGGCUAGUGAAAUUCUUAGUGGAAGAAAAAGGUUUCAGCGAAGAUCGAGUACGAUCGGCAGCGACACGACUCCAGAAAAAUCUCAAAUCGGGUCAGCAAUCUCGGCUCGAAGGGUUCUUUAAAGUCAAAGAGAAGACGGAGGAUGAAAAGGCGAGUUUGAAGCGUAAGAAUGAGGAGAAAGUUGAGGCGGCGAGGAAAAAGAAAAAGGAAGAGGCCAAGGAGAAGAAAGCGGCAAAAGCGAAGCCGAAGAUGAACUCGUAGGAAAGAGAGUGCGUCCGAGUUGCUGCCGCAUACUCUCUCUUUUUUUUUUCUUUUUCUUGUCUCGAAGCGAUGGCGUUGGUAGGAUAGGUACAUAUUUGAAAAAGAAUGGCCGACGGCUCGCCAAGCUAGCAGCAAGUUGCAAC